AACAAAUGCCCCAUUGCCAAAAACAAUAGUACUUGUUUUGAUGACAUUUGGCACAAUAAUAAUUGCUUUUAAAUAGCUACAAGAUGAAGACUGAAACCCCACAGCCUACGGAUAAACUUAAAAUACCAUUACCGACACUAUCACAGAUUAACGCGGAUAGAAUAACACAGCUAGCAAAUCAGUACUGGUCACCGCAAACCAAGGAAUCUCACUUACCUUAUGAUGCUUCUAUUGUGGAGUCAAUAUACCAUGCAGAAAUCCAGGGUUCAAGUUUCUCAGUUCGACGCAUCAUGAUGUUAGAGUUCUCACAAUACCUCGAGAACUAUCUGUGGCCGUACUAUGAAGCUGGCAAGGCAUCUCACUCACACAUGAUGUCUAUAAUAGUGAUGAUAAAUGAGAAGUUCCGUGAGCGAGUUCCCGCUUGGCAGGCAUUUUUAAAGCAACCGGAGCACUUUCCGGCCUUCUUUGAACAAGUCCUUCGUGCCAGUAUUGCUGAAGACGACACUAGUCGUAACAUGAGGGAGCAGACUGCAUUACUGCUAUUCCUGAAUCAUUGCUUCGGCAGCAUGGAAGUAGAGCUCUGCAGGGAUCAAGUCAAGAGGCUUGUGUCCCUUAGUAUGUGGAUUAGUUUACAAGAAGGCAGAAGAAAUCAGGAAUUCAAAGCGGUACCAAAGUGGCGUAAAUAUUGGAGAGCCAUACAGAAAAAGGACAAGCCAGAGUUAUUGGAAAAAUUGAACUGGGAACGAAGAUAUUUGCAAAGACUGAUGAUCAAGUUUAUGGGUAUCCUAGAGAAGAUACCCGAAAACGGGGAAAUUGAUUCGUAUGUUGUGAGGUACUGCGAACGUUUCCUGGAAUUGAUGAUAGACCUGGAAGCUUUACUGCCGACGCGCCGUUUCUUCAACACGGUGAUGGACGACUGUCAUCUCGUGGUGCGCUGUCAGAUGUCAGCACUCGCCCAGAGACCAGAGGGGCAACUCUUUACACAACUGCUACAAAUGCUGAAGUUUUACGCAAGAUUUGAGAUUAGCGAUCAGACCGGAGAUCCUAUGACCGACCGUGACAUGACAUUACAGCACUACUCAAAAAUCACCUCACUACAGAAAGCCGCAUUUUCCAAGUUUCCUGAUCUUCGUUUAUUUGCCCUCGCGAAUGUCGCGAGUGUCGACACCAGAGAAACGUUGCAGAAGCACUUCAAGAAUUUGAGCGACAAAGCUUUAAGAGCAAUCGCCACGUACCUGAACCUGGUUCCUCCCGAAGGAAAAGAAGACGAGACGCCCUGGCACCGACUCGACAAAGAUUUCCUCAGAGAGCUAUUGAUCUCGCGUCACGAGAGGCGAAUUUCACAAUUGGAAGAAUUGAACUUGAUGCCCCUGUAUCCUACAGAAGAGAUUAUCUGGGACGAGAAUGUAGUGCCCACAGAGAUAUACAGCGGAGAGAAUUGCCUAGCCCUGCCUAAGCUGAAUCUACAAUUUUUAACAUUACACGACUAUCUGUUACGAAACUUCAAUUUGUUUCGCUUGGAGAGCACAUACGAGAUAAGACAAGACAUUGAAGACGCCGUAUACAGAUUGGCGCCGUGGAAUUCAGAAGACGGAAGCGUUUAUUUCGGGGGCUGGGCGCGGAUGGCGCAUCCUAUAAAGAGUUUCGCAGUUGUCGAAGUGGCCAAACCGAACAUCGGCGAGAAGGCCCCGUCGAGGGUCCGAGCCGAUGUCACCGUCACGUUGAGCCUCAGAAACGAGAUAAAACACGAAUGGGAAAACCUCAGGAAGCAUGACGUUUGCUUCCUGGUAACUGUCAGACCUACACAAGGCAUAGGUACAAAGUAUGACUACAGAAAGAGUAUGGUGGAUCAGGCGGGGAUAGUGUACGUGAGGGGUUGCGAAGUUGAAGGUAUGCUGGACGCAUCCGGCAGAGUCAUUGAGGACGGGCCGGAACCGCGGCCGGAGUUAGAGGGAGAUUCCAGGACCUUCAGGCUCUUACUCGAUCCUAACCAGUACAGGCUUGACUUGGACAGAGCUAGUAAAGGGAAUGAGGACGUGUACGAGACUUUCAAUAUAGUUAUGCGUCGUAAACCGAAAGAGAACAACUUCAAGGCCGUAUUGGAAACGAUACGAGAAUUGAUGAACACCGAAUGCGUUGUACCGGACUGGCUUCACGAUAUAGUCUUGGGCUACGGAGAUCCCGGUCAAGCUCAUUACACGAGGAUGCCGAACGAGAUAGCUACUCUGGACUUCAACGAUACAUUCCUGAACAUGGAUCAUCUGCGGAACAGCUUCCCGGGGUACGAAAUCAAGGUGCAGACCAACGACCCGAGGAAACUCGUCAGGCCGUUCAAGUUGACUUUCGAAAACGUCGUACGGAAGCAGCAGGUCGGGGACGCAGCUAUGGACGAAGACGAACCCCGCAAAGCGAUCAUUGUCGAACCCCACGUACAACCGAAGAGGGGACCGUAUUUGUACAACGAACCAAAGAAGAAUAAUAUACUGUUCACUCCGACACAAGUGGAAGCUAUACGUUCAGGAAUGCAACCUGGACUCACACUGGUCGUCGGUCCUCCUGGAACUGGUAAAACGGACGUGGCAGUUCAAAUAAUUUCGAACAUAUACCACAACUUCCCAUGGCAACGUACUCUGGUCGUAACGCACAGCAACCAGGCCCUGAAUCAGCUAUUCGAGAAGGUCGCCGAGCUGGAUGUGGACGAAAGGCAUCUGCUGCGUCUCGGUCACGGCGAGGAAGCUCUUCAGACAGACAAAGACUUCUCCAGAUACGGCCGCGUGAACUAUGUGUUGGCGAAGCGUCUGGAGCUGCUCGAGCUGGUGUCGCGGCUGCAGCGAACGUUGGACGCGGGCUCGGACGCCGGCGCUACGUGCGAGCUGGCGCACCACUUCCACGUCUACCACGUGCGGCCGCGCUGGCGAGCCUUCCUCGAGAACUGCCAGCAACAGACAAACUCGAUUGAGAUAGUCAGCAAGGAGUUUCCGUUCCACGAAUUCUUCGAUGAUGCCCCGAAACCCUUGUUCCUGAGGAAGUCUCACGAAGAGGACAUGGAAAUAGCCAAAAGCUGUUACAGGUAUAUUGAUCACAUAUUUGAAGAAUUGGAAGAGUUCCGAGCCUUCGAACUACUGAGGUCCGGACUGGAUCGGUCCAAGUACUUGUUGGUCAAAGAAGCGAAAAUAAUCGCGAUGACGUGCACGCACGCCGCCCUCAAACGUUCAGAAUUAGUGCAAAUGGGUUUCAAAUACGACAACAUACUGAUGGAAGAGUCGGCUCAAAUCCUCGAGAUCGAGACGUUCAUACCGCUGCUGCUGCAGAACCCGCAGGACGGCAGGUCCCGGCUAAAGCGUUGGAUCAUGAUUGGCGACCACCACCAGCUGCCCCCGGUCGUCAAGAACAUGGCGUUCCAGAAGUACUGCAACAUGGAACAGAGCCUGUUCACCAGAAUGGUCAGACUGGGUGUUCCGUACGUGGAACUGGACGCGCAAGGUCGAGCUAGACCCAGCAUCUGCAACCUGUACCGCUGGCGCUACCGGGCGCUGGGCGACCUGUGCCACGUGACGCAGCUCCCGGAGUACCGCGCCGCCAACGCGGGCCUGCGACACGACUUCCAGCUCGUCAACGUGGACGACUUCAACGGCGUCGGCGAGACCGAGCCCAGCCCUUACUUCUAUCAGAAUUUAGCGGAAGCAGAAUACGUUGUAGCGGUUUUCAUGUACAUGCGCCUGAUCGGAUGGCCUGCAGAGCGCAUCUCCAUACUGACCACAUAUAACGGGCAGAAACAUCUCAUCAGGGACGUCAUAGAUAAGCGAUGUGCCGAUAAUCCACUCAUCGGUCGACCUCACAAGGUGACGACGGUAGACAAGUACCAGGGCCAGCAGAACGACAUAGCUCUAGUGUCGCUGGUCCGUACGAAGGCGGUGGGUCACGUGCGCGACCUGCGGAGACUCAUCGUCGCCGCCUCAAGAGCCCGUCUCGGCCUAUACAUAUUCGCGAGGGCCAACCUCUUCAGGAACUGCUACGAGCUACAGCCUACAUUCAAUCAGCUCGUGGAGCGUCCACUGCAGCUUGAACUAGUCCCGGGCGAGCGGUACCCGGCGCAGCGCGCGGCGGGCGUGGCCGUGCCGCCGGAGCUGCUGCUGUCCGUCCGGGACAUGCCGCACAUGGCGCGCUACGUCUACGACAUGUACCUGCACAUUGUCAACGACGCACCCGACGCUCGACAGGAAAGUGGCUGGCGGGCGCCAGGCGGGCGGGAGGCGGCGCGUGCGCGGGGCGCGGGGGGGCACGUUCCCGCGCACCCCGGCGCCGCGCCCGACAGCGACGACGAGUCGGACGCCUUCACCCCCACCGACAUACUCAACGAAGUCGAUGAACCGAACGCCGCGAACUCAUAACCUCAUUGAUUCCAUUAAAUAAAUCAUUCAAUUACC